CACGUGAUCCUCACAUCAACCUGUGUAACAUCGCGCACAGUAUGCUGGGUAGGGACUACUUUCACGAAAUGUAAACAAAGAUGGCGGGAAGCAAUGUGAAAAUUUACCAGUUACACGACAGAUGAAUUUCUAACACAAAGAUGGCUGAAUAACGUAAAGAUUUACCAGUUACAUGACAGACGAAUUUCGCCACACCAGUGAGGCACAUAUAUAGCGGAAUAACGUGAGGAUAUACCAGUUACAGGACAGAUGAAUUUCGCCACAUGGCCGCACCAGUGAUUUACAAAUAUGGCGGAGUGAGGAUAUACCAGUUACAGGACAGAUGAAUUUCUCCACAUGGCCGCACCAGUGAUUUACAAAUAUGGCGGAAUAACAUGAGGAUAUACCAGUUACAGGACAGAUGAAUUUCGCCACACCAGUGAAGCAGGUUAAGUCCUGCAUUGUGUGCAGUAAGAGUACAUCAGGACAUGUGCGUUUAAUGAAAAAUAUAGCUUUAAAAAGUAUUUACGUAGACAUUUUAUCCGUGUUGGACGUUAAAUUCCCCAGUCUUGACAACAUUUAUAUCUGUGAUACAUGUCUAACAAUAAUCACAAAAGCUAGAGAACUUCGUGAAAAAUGCAAAAUGAACCUAGCUAAUCUGUCCUUACAUCAAAAUAGACAAAAGAGGGUCAUUGUUCAUUCUGUUUCCCCCAAAGUGAAACGAGUUACGUCAUUGAAUACCACUACCAGAAAAUGUGGAAAGAAAUUAUUUACUUCUUAUCCCGAGUCCGAUAAUGAAAAUAAAGAAAAUCUAAAAGAGUUCAGUGAACACAGCUAUGCAGGCCAGCCCAAGUUGAAUGUGGAAGAGCUGUAUGUCAAACACCAUCCUUUGACCUUAAAAUGUCCUAUUACAGAUGUUACAAAUAGUAAUAACCCAAUGAACAAGGUUAUGGAAAUUAUUUCCUCGGGUAUUACUAGUUUGCGUGACUUUGUUGACAAAGUUUUACUUAUACCUGGUGUUCGUGAAGCAUUUUGGUCAAAAUUUGUGAUGGAUUUAAAUCAUGAAAUAGACAGAAUGUGUGUCACAAGUGAAAAAAGUGUUUUGAGGGAGAAAAUUGUUGACAUUUCGCCAGAGCUGUUUGUUGAAAAUGUAUGUAGAGAAAUGGACCAAAGAUGCCCCCGUGUGUUUGAUAUUCUAGUCAGUCUGUGCACACCAGUACACAUCAAAUCAACGCAAAAGAAUCCCGCCGUUGCUGCGAUGUACAGCAUUGCUUUAAAUGCAAGGAACAACCAAAUGAAUCUAAUGCAAAAGUUAUUGUCUGCUGCAUGCAUCAGAUAUGGUGCAGGAAAUGGGUUGUUUCACCUAUUAAGCAGGAUGGGCAUUUCCCUUCCAGAGAGGAGCAAGAUACCCAUGUUGUCUGAUAUUGGUCUUAUCAAUGGGAAAGGUGUAUGUGCAGCUCUGACAAAUGGUAGGACUAUUAAAGUAACGGUGGAUAACAUAGAUGGCAGAAUUAAAGCUAAUCAGGUUCGUGUUGGCAGUGGAAAUAAAGAUUACCAUUAUACACACUGGACAGUACUUGUGGACAGGUUACUACCUAUAGAUGUCCCAGAGCUCAGCAGACAACCCAAGGUCAUACCACCUGAUGGACUAGACCCAAAUCUCUUCUUUUUGUCAGAUGAGGAGUGUGCCGUUCUCAAGAGUAGUUACACCUGGCUGGUGGAGAAGAUCCUUACCGAAGAGUUUACCUCUCUUUCUGUCUUCAAAGACAAAGUCCCCAGUGUCCUAGAACACCGUUAUAGAUGCAUAACUGACAGGUCUUCCCUUGUGCACCCAAUGUUUAGGAUGAAUUUGAAAAUACGGCAACAAUUCCACUGGGUGGUGACCAGCUGACGAGGGUUACGUUUGAUUCGGCACGCAGUCUGAGGGCUGGAGCACACAGUCGAUCAGAUCGUUUAGAACAGUUUUCACCAGUUAUUGAAGAACUGUUUCAUGUGGAACAGGAUUUACUUGAGAAAAUUGUGAACCACUUCUUCUCAAGCAAAUCAUCAAGGGACGUAGGAACUCUGGCAAAUUAUAAAGCAGUCUUACAUAGAACAAAUGUAAAUGGCCAAGUCAAGUCUACAAAUGGGUUUGAACCCCAUAAGGAUUUUGUACACACAGUUGUAAGGUAAGCUUAUUGAUUACUUACUUUGAAACGCUUUCCUUUUUAUGCAAAUUGAUUUAUUAUUUCUCUAUGAAUAUUUUCUAUGUAAAAUUAGAACGAAUCAAUGUGCAUCAGGUAUAUAAUUAUAUAAUAGUGUUGCAUUAUGCAUGUACUAUGCCUAAAUAUUAGGCAGGGUU